AAUACACGCAGUGUUUAAGUUGUGGAUUAAUCAUUGUGAUCCAUAAUUAUUUUUUCAUUCCUUGAAAAUUAACGUACAAAUUGUGUGGUUAUUAGGAGUGCGAGUGUUUCCGUGGAUAAUAAUAAUGCAUCUUCAACGACAUUUAAUUGUAGGAUUACUUUUUUAUUCACCUAUACUCGGUUACGAAUUAAACAGAAAAAAAUUCCCGGAUGAAUUCAGGAUAGGAGUAGCCACUUCAGCUUAUCAAAUAGAAGGCGGUUGGAACGAAGACGGUAAAGGAGAAAAUAUUUGGGAUCGAGCUGUACAUAGUUCCCCUUCGCCAAUUUUUGAUCAAACAACGGCAGAUAUAGCGUGCGAUUCUUAUCACAAAUAUAAAGAAGAUGUCCAACUGGCAAAAGAUCUUGGCGUCGAUCACUACCGAUUUUCGAUAUCCUGGUCCAGAAUUUUGCCAACGGGAUUCGCAAAUCAUAUCAACGAAGCGGGCGUCAACUACUACAAAAAUCUAAUAAAAGAAAUACGCGACAACGGGUUAGAACCGCUGGUGACGAUUUACCACUGGGACCUGCCGCAACCGCUACAAGACGCCGGCGGUUGGCCCAACGAAUACGUCGUCGAAAAAUUCCAGGAAUACGCCGAGGUGGUGUUCUCCCUAUUCGGGAAUGACGUCAAACAUUGGAUAACCAUCAACGAGCCGAAGCAAGUGUGCCAGGAGGGCUACGGCGCCGGCAUCAAAGCCCCAUUCCUGCAAUCACACGGGCACGCCGAAUAUUUGUGCACGCACAACGUCAUUAAAGCGCACGCCAGAGCUUGGCACAUGUACAACAACGUAUUCAGGCCGAAGCAAAAAGGACGCGUAGGUAUAGUAAUCGAUACUAUUUGGAUGGAACCUGCAAGUGACAGCAAAGCCGACAUAGCCGCCUCCGAACGACAACUCCAAUUUAUGUUCGGAUGGUUCGCCAAUCCCAUUCUAAACGGAGACUAUCCCUGGCAAAUGAAAAAGUACAUAGCCGAAAGAAGCGCCAUUCAAGGCUUCUCUAGAUCCCGUCUGCCGGAAUUCACGAAGGAAGAGAUCGAAUACAUAAAGGGCACGGCCGAUUUCCUCGGCGUGAAUUUCUACACGUCCAACAUGGUAAAAGAGAAGAACGACUCGAAAAGAAUGGAGGUGUCCUGGGAAGCCGAUGCAGAAACAAUUCGAUACCACAAGAACGAAUGGGUGUAUUCCACAUCUUGGCUGAGGGUGACUCCGUGGGGCAUUGGAAAACUCAUGCGCUGGUUGAAGAAAACUUACGGUGAUGUUCCGAUAUGGAUCACCGAAAAUGGCGUAGCCAAUGCAGGCGAUACUUUGGACGAUGAAAUCAGAAUUAACUACUACCGGGAUCACUUAAGUCACGUUAGAGACGCUCUAGAUGAUGGAAUUAACAUCAUUGGUUACACCGCUUGGAGUUUAAUGGAUAACUUCGAAUGGCAAACGGGAUAUGUUGAUAGGUUUGGAUUGUAUUAUGUAGAUUUCAAUAGCCCUAACAGAACCAGAAUACCCAAGAAAUCCGUCAGGUUUUUCAAGCAUUUCGCUGUGAGUAAAUGCAUCGUGAAUAUAACCCAAUGCACACAAGAGUUAGAGGUGGACAAUGUCAUACGAUACAUUUAUAAUUCCGUGCCGUUGUCAAAUUAGAAUAUUCAAUUUUUAAUUUAAUAUUGUACAUACUAGUAAUAUUUAUGAAUAAUUUAUUUAUUUAUGCACCUAUGUUAUUUCAUAUUAAGUAGUCAUUUUUAAAUAAAAAUAUCUAAAUAAAAA